AUGAAUCCUUUACUUAAUAGACGACUAAUAUCCCAUAAGCAAUCUUUAGUCAAUGCACGGUCUCUAUUUAUAAGACCUACACUGAGAGCCACUUCCAGAUUCAUACCCUACCAUCACCGUCACCACCACAAUAAUGGCAUAAUAAUCCCCACUAGAAACAUUGGAUUUAUCAAAGUAUUGGCAAAGGCAACAAGAUUGCCUGCAUAUAUAGGUGGGGGUGUGGCUGCUGGAGGUACAUACAUUGCAUACAAAGUCGAACAAGCUAGCUCCUAUACUCAAGAUCAAUUGAGUCGAUUCAAAAAUUUUACCGAUGGUGUAUUUGAUAAAACAGGAGAGUUUUUCAAAAGCAUGAGUGGUGGCGAUGGUGGAAACGGUGGUGAUGCAAGUAGCGGUGGUGGUGGUGGCAGUAGCAGUAGCAGUAGCAGUAGCAGUAGCAGUAGCAGUAGCGGUAGCAGCAGCGGAGGAGGUAGUGGGGGAGGAGAUGAAGCAGCUACUGCUCUAGGUGCCACUGCAGCAGCAGUUGGUCUCACUAGUGAUGACGAAGAUGAGACAGCAGUCGAACAGGAAGAAGAUGAAGAUGUCAUGGAAACACUCAUUGAAGAAGACGAUGAAGAUUUCGAAGGACCUGAUGAGACAGACGACAACAUGUUGAACCUCACGCGUCAGAUGAUUGAGAUUAGAAAUUUGUUGGCUAGUAUAGAUCACGACGGCAUCAAAUUACCCUCGAUUGUGGUUAUUGGCUCACAAUCUAGUGGAAAAUCAUCUGUUUUGGAAAGUAUUGUUGGUCAAGAGUUUUUACCAAAAGGUUCCAAUAUGGUUACUAGAAGACCUAUUGAGUUGACUUUGGUGAAUACACCGGAGUCAGCAUCAAACGUAGCUGAAUUACCUGCCUUGAAAAUCAACAAUUUAACCGAUUUCACUCAGUUACAAAAGAUCUUGUAUGAUUUAAAUAUGACUGUGCCAGAAACAGAGUGUAUAUCAAAUGACCCGAUUCAAGUGACAAUUAGGUCACCAAGGGUACCAGAUUUAUCGUUGGUUGAUUUGCCAGGAUAUAUCCAGGUAGAGGCUGCUGACCAACCUACUGAGCUAAAGAAGAAGAUUAGAGAGCUUUGUUUCAAAUAUUUGGAACCGCCAAAUGUUAUUUUAGCCAUUUCUGCAGCUGAUGUUGAUUUGGCAAACUCAGCCGCUUUAAGAGCAUCCAGAUUGGCUGAUCCAAGAGGUGAGAGAACAAUUGGUGUUAUUACCAAAUUGGAUUUGGUGAGUCCAAAGGAGGCACACCUGAUAUUGACUAAUCGAAAGUACCCAUUGAGAUUAGGGUAUGUGGGAGUCAUUACCAAAGCACCGCAAGCAACGGGAAAUACUAGUUUGUUUUCAAGAAACAAAGUUACUGGAUACCAAGCGUUUGUAGCGCAACAAAACUUUGAACACAAUUACUUGAAAGAACACAAGGAUGAGUUUUACGGAACUACAGUUGGUACGAGAAAUUUGAAAAAGAAAUUGAUGAAGGUGUUGGAAAAGACCAUGGCUGCAUCUCUCAGGCCAACUCAUUUGGCAAUUCAACAGGAGUUAGAGGAGACAUCAUACGAAUUCAAAGUGGAGUUCAAUGACCGUCCAUUGACACCCGAAAUGUACUUGGCAAACAAUAUCGAUAUGUUGAAGUUGGGAACUAAAGAUUUAAGUCAUCGCUUCUCUCGAAAUGAAUUAAAGGCCAUUUUGAAGAAUGCUUUGGAUCAAAAGGUGUUGGACUUGUUGGCGGAGCGGUAUUGGAAUAAACCAUUUGAGUUGAGUAGCUCAACUGCCGUGGAACCAAACUUGAAGGAGUUGACGCAAUCUAUCCAUGAUGGUGAUGUUUACUGGCAUAGAAAGUUGGAUUUGGCUUCUGGUUCAUUGACAAAAUUGGGUGUUGGUAGAAUGUCAACCAAUUUGAUUACAAAUGCCCUUUUAACCGAAGUGGAAAAUCUUGUUGACAUAACGCAAUUGAAGAAUCAUCCAAUGGCAAAACAGGCAGUCAAGGAUGCUGCAAAAACUGUGUUGAGUGCCAAGUACUAUUCAACUGCCGACCAAGUUGAAAACUGUAUCAAGCCAUACAAAUAUGAAGUUGAGAUUGAGGACCGUGAAUGGGAUGCAUCUAAAGCUAACGCUGUAGCUUUAUUGAAAGAGGAGAUGAGACAGUGCGAUGAAGUUUACAAUGAUUUGAAACAUCAUGUGGGUGGACGCAAAUUGCAACAGGUUGUCACCUAUUUGGAAAAAUUGAAGCAAACAAAAUCAGACAAUAUCGACCUCACCUCGAAUGAAACAUUGGGAUUCUCACCAACAUUGAUCCAACGUGGUAAAGAUGCCAUUUUCUUGAAAGAUCGAUUAUCAUUGCUCAAAAUGAGGUAUCAAUUCAUCAAGAACUCAAAAAAGUGUAAGUCAAAAGAAAACAAGUACCAAUGUCCCGAGAUUUUCCUCGAUGCAGUAGCUACAAAGAUAUCCACGACGGCAAUCUUGUUUUUAAACGUUGAAUUAUUGAGUGAUUUCUAUUACAAUUUCCCCCGUGAAUUGGAUGUCAAGUUUUUCACUAAUCUAUCUAAAGAUGAGAUUGAACGUUUUGCGAAGGAGGACCUCAAAGUCAAGAAACAUAUUGAGUUGCAAGAGCGCAAGGAUUUGUUGGAAAAUGCCUUGAGCAAGAUUGAGAGUGUGUUGGCUAUCCAGCGUGGACAACUGAAGGAGAAGGAAGAGGAGCAUAAAUCAAUCUUCAAGUGGUGA